UCACACGUGUGUCACAACUAUUUCAUGCACACUUGUCAUCGAGAUGUGUUAUCACUGCGUAGUUCAAUAUUUUCGUAUAUUCAGUGCGAUUUAAAUGAAUAGCCCUUGUCUUUAACUUUAUUUUGUAUUGAUAAGUUGCCUUCUGCGCCAGUGAGUGUAAAGGCACUUUUCAAUCGAGCGAUACGUUUAGUCGGUAAACUAUUUUCCUCGUCAAAUUAUCUGUGAUUUUAUUCUAGAAAAGUUUAAAAAUGAAGAUCUUUUUGGCAAUCGUCGUGCUUUUGGCCGUCUGUUCUUCAGCAUUCGGUACACAAUGUAACGUAAACCCGGUAAAUAUUCCGAAGCAAUGGAUCACCAUGUCUCAUGGAUGUCGCAGCAGCGUCCGUCAGCAGAUCCAGAUGGAAGUAUCGGCCUCCGUACAGUACUUGGCUAUGGGUGCUCACUUCUCUAAAGAUUCUGUGAACCGCCCCGGUUUCGCCAAGCUGUUCUUCGACGCCAGCUCCGAGGAACGGGGUCAUGCCAUGAAACUGAUUGAGUAUCUCCUGAUGAGGGGUGAGCUUACAACCAACGUGACCUCAUUGAUUACUAUCAGGCCCCCAGAACGUAAACAUUGGGCAUCUGGUGUAGAAGCUUUGGAAGAUGCUCUAAAACUGGAAACCGAAGUCACGAAGGCGAUUAAGAAUGUUAUCAUCAAGUGUGAAAGCGACCGAGACGGCCAGGGUCACGAGAAUAAUGACUAUCAUCUUGUUGAUUACUUGACUGGUGAGUUCCUGGAAGAACAAUACAAGGGUCAACGUGACCUCGCCGGCAAGGCCUCCACUCUCAAGAAGAUGAUGGAGCGUCACUCAUCGCUCGGCGAGUUCAUCUUCGACAAGAAACUCCUUGGAAUGGACAUCUAAGUCAAGAAUCCAAGUCAAUUAUUUAAGUCUGUUUUUUUAAAUUGUUCAAUUUUUGUUAAGCUGUAUUAACAAUGUGUAUAUUAAAACUUUUUGGUAGCGACAUGUUAAUUUAAUCGCAAUGUCAAAUCAUAAUUACAAAUAAAAAAAAAAAAAUAUUCGAUUAUCGUACAAAAUCUUAUUAUUCAUAUAUAACCAUUUGGUAUAAGUAGUUCUUUCUCUUUCUCACUUCACUGGGAACUUUCUUAAACAACAAAAUAUGUUGCAAGAGUAAGUAACCGACUACUAUGAAUAUAAUUACGUAAAUUAUUAUUUGACGUUUAAUAAAAAAACAGCCAUUAGCUGAUUUCAGUACAAAUGUAUAAUUUAUAUUUUGCCGUUGUAACUUAAAAAAAAGCAUUAGCUUAAAUAGAUGUUAUGUAAGAACUAUGGUAGAACAGUUAAAAGUAUUUAACGCAUUAUUCUAAUACGAGUGGAAAAAAAUAAAGAAAAUGUUUUUGUUUGUCAGCUGUCAACGUCUCAAUUGGCGCGGAAAUGUUUUUUUUUAAUGUUUUAAUGCUCAAGGUAUGAUGGUGUUGUUCUGAAUAUCUUUUCGUAAAUAUAAAGUUUAAUCGUCUUAUAA